ACAUCUGGCGGAUGUACCCGCCCAGAGGAGAGCGCUGGCCGAGGUGCAGUGAGAUCUCCUAAUGGAAGUGCCUGUUUAGUGACAAUCCAGCUUUCCCAUGUCAUUUUUGCGGUGGGUGUCUGAAAAGCUAGGUGUCGAGAGCCUGCAGGACGUGGGACUAUUUGGUGACAGAUGAACGCUCAUCGGAAAAUAUUGCGCCUCCCCAGAACUGGGACACCAUGAACAACUACCCAGCAGACAGUGGUUCCUAUGAACUGCUGACUGCAAUAGGUAAAGGGUUUGAUGACAUCAUGACUGUAACCCUGGGGAGGUGUAAACGCACUGGCCAUCAGGUGGCUGUUCGGAGAAUGAACUUGGACAACUGCACUAACGAGAUGCUUGCUUUAUUACAGGGUGAGCUCCACAUAUCAAAAUUGUUUCACCACCCCAAUAUAUUACCAUACAAAGCCACAUUGAUUGCCAACAAUGAGGUGUGGAUAGUGACUCCAUUCAUGGCCUAUGGUUCUGCUAAAGAUCUGAUGAACACCCAUUUUACUGAUGGUCUGAAUGAGCCCACAAUUGCCUACAUCCUGCAAGGGGUGCUAAAGGCCUUGGUUUAUAUUCAUAGAAUGGGAUAUGUGCACAGGAGUGUUCAAGCAAGUCACAUUCUAAUAUCAUCAGAGGGACAGGUUUAUUUAUCAGGACUACGCAGUAUUUUCAGUAUGAUCAGCCAUGGACAACGGCUACGGGUGAUCCAUGACUUCCCAAAAUACAGUGUUAAAAUAUUACCAUGGCUGAGCCCUGAGUUGUUGCAGCAGAAUCUACAGGGUUAUGAUGCCAAAUCUGAUAUUUACAGCCUGGGAAUAACAGCAUGUGAGCUGGCUAAUGGACAUGUCCCCUUCAAAAAUAUGCCUGGAACUCAGAUGCUGCUGGAGAAGCUGAAUGGUACAGUGCCUUGCCUGCUGGACACCACAACGAUUCCCGAGGAGGAGCUUCUGAUGACAAACUCUCAGUCAGCGGUGGAUUCUGGCAUCGUAGAAAGCUCGGCCGCUUGCGACAUGCGAACAACGAAUGGGGAACAAGUGCAGCACCCGUACAACAGGACUUUCUCCAGGCUCUUUCACAACUUUGUGGAGUUGUGCUUGCAGCGGGAGCCUGAGCAGAGACCCUCUGCCAGUGCAUUACUCAAUCAUUCAUUUGUCAAGCAGCUGAAGCUGCGAGUGGUGGAAGUGCUUCCCGAUCUGCUGCGACCCGUCACGCCCGUGACAGAGCUGGAAGGUGCUGACCCACACGAGUUGCGAGGGAUGACUGAACUUGUGUCCAGCCUGGACCAGCUGGAGAUGGAAGACUGGGACUUCUGAAAGUGGACAUGUUGUUCAAGCUGGGCCUGGUGAUGCCAUUGGUCUUUAUUUGUAUUUUUUAUGUAAAAUGGCAGUUUUGCUGAUUUACAGCGAAGUGUGGCACUAAUAGAUGCUGAAUAGCAGGGGUGCACAUCAAACCAGCUUAGGUGGGUGAAGGACCACAACCUGUACAUUGAUUCACAGUGCCCUCCAUAAUGUUUGGGACAAAGGCCCAUCAUUUAUUUAUUUGCCUCUGUGCUCCACAAUUUGAGAUUUGUAAUAGAAAAAAUCACAUGUGGUUAAAGUGCACAUUGUCAGAUUUUAAUAAAGGCCAUUUUUACACAUUUUGGUUUCACCAUUUUGGUUUCACCAUGUAGAAAUUACAGCAGUGUUUAUACAUAGUCCCCCCAUUUCAGGGCACCAUAAUGUUUGGGACACAGCAAUGUCAUGUAAAUGAAAGUAGUCAUGUUUAGAUAUAAGUUAAUCUUCGUCUCAUCAGUCCACAAGACCUGGUCAUCCUAUUUUAGUGACUAACCAGUGGUUUACAUCUUGCAGAGUAGCCUCUGUAUUUCUGCGCAUGAAGUCUUCUGCGGACAGUGGUCAUUGACAAAUCCACACCUGACUCCUGAAGAGUGUUUCUGAUCUGUCGGACAGGUGUUUGGGGAGUUUUCUUUAUUAUAGAGAGAAUUCUUCUUUCAUCAGCUGUGGAGGUUUUCCUUGGCCUGCCAGUCCCUUUGCGAAUAGUAAGCUCACCAGUGCUCUCUUUCUUCUUAAUGAUGUUCCAAACAGUUGAUUUUGGUAAGCCUAACGUCUGGCUGAUGUCUAACAGUUUUAUUCUUGUUUCGCAGUCUCAUAAUGGCUUCUUUGACUUUCAUUGGCACAACUUUGGUCCUCAUGUUGAUAAACAGCAAUAAAAGUUUUCAAAGGUGACGGAAAGACUGGAGCAAAGACUAGGUGCUGAGAGCUCUCUUAUACCUGCAUUAAGGAGGCAAUUAAACACACCUGAGCAAUUACAAACGCCUGUGAAGCUAUGUGUCCCAAACAUUAUGGUGCCCUGAAAUGGGGGGACUAUGUAGAAACACAGCUGUAAUUUCUACAUGGUGAAACCAAAAUGUAUAAAAACACUCUUUAAUAAAAUCUGACAGUGUGCACUUUAACCGCAUGUGAUUUUUUUUCUAUUACAAAUCUCAAAUUGUGGAGUACAGAGGCAAAUAAAUAAAUGAUGGGUCUUUGUCCCAAACAUUAUGGAGGCCAUUGUACUUGAAUACUAGAGAUUUCAGAUCACAACCAUUACCCUUCUAUUACUGUACCAGCAGCCAGUGAGCGCUGAAGCAUUGCGCUCACAUCUUAUGUGAGAACAGAGUGAUUAUCCUUACCUGGUCUCACCUCUGGUGAGUAAGGAGGUAGCUUUCUUACCCUUGUGAGUACGAAAGCAUUGUCCUUGCACCUUUCUCACCAGUUACCAUGAGUUCAGCAGCAGUCCUCAAACCUGCUAUGAAUGCAGAGAUAAAGUCCACACUCUUCUUGACCAUCUUGAAAACAGAGCCACUGUUGUGGAAUCCGUUACAGAUAGAUGCUGUGCUUCAUCUCUCCUAUCACACUGAGAGCGUGAAAUAUUCACUGUUUUAUUACCUUCUUACAUGCAAUCCCUUUGUACCUGAAUUGUUAUUUAUUCAGAGUCAAUCAAUAUUAAAGUUUCAUUUGGUUACAA